AUGGAUUCCGGGGAAAAGAGAGUUGAAGAAACACGUGUAGACCGAAUCAGUGAGUUGCCAGACUCUCUUCUCCUUCACAUUCUCUCUCUUAUGCCCACAGAUGAAACACUCGUUACAAAUGCUCUCUCAAAAAGGUGGCGCUAUCUCUGGCAUUCACUUGAUACCUUCUCUUUUAGUACUGAAGACUACUGUGAAGAAUACGUAUCCUAUGUUGACUAUGUAUUAGGUCAUUCUGUUUCUUCCAAAAUUAAAACAUUCGAACUCGACAGCCAUGAGUCUGAUGCAUACAAGUCUGACAUCAACCGAUGGCUUAGUUUUGCUGUUGAAAAGAAAGUGGAAAAUGUGACACUCCGAUCAUAUUCUACGGAUCAUGUUUGUGCUGCAUUGCCUGAAUGUUUAUACACAUGUUCGUCCUUGAUAACAUUAGUUUUGGAAAAGUUUUUUCACUAUGAUGCUCAUGUGCCAAUUGCCUGGAAAUCUUUAAAGAGCAUAAAAUUAGAGUUUGGGAUGUUAUCUGAUGACCAUAUUGUGAACUUACUAUCGGGCUGUCCUGCAUUGGAAUCUAUGGAAUUAUCGAUUUUUAUGGGUUUUAAUCGCCUGGAAAUUAGGACUUCAAAAUUGAAGAUACUGAAUUUGCAUACAUAUUAUGAUGAUGGAGGAAUUGAUCAUUCCUUGGAAAUUGUUGCCCCCUAUCUUCAGCAUUUGGAGAUUUCAGGAGAUCUUAGUGAUCUCAAGUGUAGGCUUGUAGAUGUGUCCUCCGUGGUUAAUGCUAAGCUUAGUUUCAACAUUACAUGUAUCAAAGACUUCGAGGAUAAUGAUCAAGAUUCUGAUGAUGAGGAGGAGGACAGUCGUCGGGACUAUCAUCAAGAUUUUGAGAUUCUCGUCCAAGAUUAUCUUCAAAAGUUGAGUUGUGCAAGCGAGAUAACAAUUGGAACGUGGUUCAUAGAGGUUUGUUUUUACCUCAAAAGUCCUUAUUUUUUCACAUUGAUUAUUAACAGGCACUUGCGGAUAAAAAUUAUACAAUGGAGAAACUUUGCACAAAUUUCACAAAAGCAAUUAGAUUUGUUAUAG